UUUCUUGUCUCCACCCUGUUGGUGAUGUCAGUGGCAAUGCUUCUAGUUCGCUUUGAUGAAAAACAGUCGACGCUUGCGUUUUUGAGUCUUUUUUUGUAUUAUUGUAGAUAUAAGCAUUACGUUUUGCAUCGCAUCUUGUGUCUAAAUCAUACUUCCAAAUGGAUUCUAAAAGCUUCUGGCUUAAUCGUCAGAUGUCUGGUCUUUUGUUCUUCGUGCUGAUGGCGCACACCGCUUAUGGAGACGUGAGCUAUUCUUUUCCGGAGGAGAUGAAACGAGGAUCUGUGAUUGGAAAUAUAGCAAAGGAUCUCGGGCUCGAUGUGAACAGACUGUCAUCUCGUAAGGCUCGUAUUGAUACUGAAGGUAACAGAAAACGAUACUGUGAUAUUAAUCUGAAUACUGGAGAACUGACCGUAGCGGAGAGAAUCGACAGAGAGGAGAUCUGUAGUGAGGAGUUUUCGUGUGUUCUUCAUUUCGAAUUAGUUCUUGAACACCCGUUAGAGAUGCAUCGUUUAACAAUACAAAUUCAGGACAUCAACGAUAACGCACCGAUCUUUCCUAAAGACACAAUUAAGCUUGAGAUAAGUGAGAGUGCUGUGAAAGGCGCUCGUUUCCGCGUGAAUGAGGCUCAUGAUGCAGACAUAGGACAGAAUGGAGUACAAAGCUAUUCCCUUGAAAAGAAUGAUCAGUUUAUUUUAUCUGUAAGCACAAAGUCAGACGGUGUCAAAAACAUCGAGUUAUUGUUAGAAAAAGAGCUAGAUCGCGAGCAGCAGAAAGAGAUCUCAUUAAUAGUGACCGCGGUAGACGGCGGGACUCCACCGAGAUCAGGUACUGUAGUCAUACACGUCACUGUGCUGGAUGCUAAUGAUAAUGCUCCAGUCUUUAGUCAGGACGUCUAUAAAGUCAGUCUGCCUGAAAAUUCUCCUCCUCUAGAUACUGUAGUGGUGACAGUGAGCGCUACUGAUGCUGACGAGGGACAAAACGGAGAAGUCACAUAUGAGUUUAGUCGAAUUUCGAAAAAGCCAACGAACUAUUUUCUGUAG